AAUUAAUCCUGACAAUGUACACCAUGAAACUAUUGCUACUGAUGAUGGUUUGUCAAGUAGUGAAGAUACUGUAAAUUUUUCGCUGGUACAUGAUACCGCGAGUGUAGAAACGGCCAAUAAUUCAUUUCGCUUUGACACGGAGACUUCUGAACAGAUUCAAAUGAUUGAAGACGAUGAUGAUAAUCCUAUUGGACUUUUGCUUGGUAUUGAAUGCCAGCGUCAAGCCUCGCAGCAGUCAUGCUCAGAACCCUUGGUCGUUUCACCAACCUCUGUAGUAAAUUCAUCCACAUCUCUUACUCAACUGUCAUGCAGAGCAUCGAACCAUCACUCUACUUUUGCACGCAAUCUGAUUUCUGAUCCAACUACUAAGCCACUUUUAUCUGAACCCACUUGCUUGCCAACAUCCACACAAGAAGGAUAUGUUGCAUCUUCGCAAGUUUGCUUAUGCAAUUAUAGAGAUAGCAGACGGUGUAGUUUACCGCUUUCAUCUGACCAUAGUGCGUCACUCUCUAUGGCUUUGCAGGAUUCAUCAUUGCAAGCAGACUCUGUUGUAGGUAGUAGUCUUGGUGAUGAUAUACCAUUGAGUCGAUCAUUUGAACCAUCGAAUUCAAUGGGUGGCAACGGACUACGAGGUCGUAUACACUGCCGAUCAUUUACUACGCCUGUGGGAUUGAUUUCUAACAAUGGUAGAGGCGUGGAUGUACAUGAAAGUGAUGUAUCAAAUAUAUAAAACAAUUUGAAAUG